UCAACGGAGUAGAAUGUGGUGUACGCAUAGCUCGUGUGCUAUGCGCUCUUCAACUUUACCAUCCGAAUCACUUUGAAUCAAAACAAACGACUGCACACAUUUAAAAUCAAAACAAAUCACUUAAAACGAUCAGUCUAUAAAUCAGUUUGUAAAACGAUCACAGUGUAGUUACAUUGAAAGCCAAUUCGGUCUUAAGUUGACCGACAGUAUUUAUUAGUGUAAGAUUGUUUAUAGUGAAUGUGUUUUUCAGUUUUUGUUGCAAACGGUGACACAAAAUCCACACCAUGCCUUCCGGAUAUCGAUCUAAUGGAAUAAUUCAUCCGCCAAAUGGGCACAUCAAUGGUGGUUUGAAAAUGCGGUCGUGGACAAACGGUGGAACACAUUUGAAUGGACAAAUCGAUCAUAUGUCAACUUUGUCACGGCCCCGUUCCAUUGAAGCAAUAUCAAACGGAACUCUACCAAAUAAUAAUCGACAUUGUAAUGGUGGUUUAUCGCGCGGAUCUGGUCUACACGAAGACUCCGACUUUCCACCAAAUUAUACAAAAUCAUUGUCACGACGAAAACCAAUCGUAUGGAUGCGACCUCACGAUAUGUCAUCUCGUCCGCAAUUUCGAUUGUCAAUGCCAGGUUCGGUUUUAACGUCACGUGAACUACCGGAGAUUGCUGGACCGGGAGAUCCAAAUUUACUUGCCGCUAUUGGAUGUUUAUCUCAAUUUCCACGAUUAAUGGAACGUGUUGUGCCACCCGAUCAGACAUUUGAUGCAGCAAAUGGAUAUUGCGGUAUGUUCAGGUUUCGCUUUUGGCAAUGGGGUCGUUGGAUUGAAGUGAAAGUUGAUGACCGUUUGCCAACGCGCGGUGAUCGACCGGCUCACAUGCAUUGCGCUCAGAUCGAUGUGUAUUGGGCGGCUCUACUAGAAAAAGCUUAUGCCAAAUUGUAUGGAGGAUAUGCAUUUUUAAAAUAUGGCACAAUUGGGAGAGCAUUACAAGACCUAACCGGCGCUGUUGUACAAAGUGUUCCUCCGUCUGGGCCUUUACUGGGAGGUGCCGUUCCCAGAUCAACGCUUCUAUUGGCGAUAACAGAAAAGGGUACAAAACAUCGUCGUUCUGGACUUUUAUCAGACCAUCCUUAUUGCGUUACGGGUUUGGCUCGAGUACGAACAACACAAUCGGCCAUGGAUUCACAGAACGGUAUCAAUGCACCACAUGACACAAAUCUCGUUCGCUUGAGAUCACCUUGGGCUGGGAGUGAAUAUGGUGGCAUUUGGGGCGGUGCAUGGAGCGAACGAUCAUGGGAAUGGAAUGCAUUGAGUGAUAGAGAUCGUGAAUUACUUGCAUCUAGAUCACAGCACGAAGGAGAAUUUUGGAUGGCGGUGCCGGAGUUUUUACAACGGUUUUCAGUCAUUUGGCUGGCUCACAUCGGACCCGAUGAUUGGGCACUUGAGACAGGCCUUCAUUCGAGAACUCCAUGGCGAGCCGCACUUGCAUUUCGACAAUGGAGAGCUGGAUUCAACGCUGGUGGUCCUCACAAAUGCAUCGAAACGAACGCUACAAAUCCACAAUUUCGGAUACGUGUGCCGAGCGGUCAUCCAUCGAAAGCGCAUGUAGUUGUUGCCGUUGCCCAAAAAUAUGAGUGCUAUCGAAGCCGGAUGUUUGAAGAAGAACAAGUUGGAUUUUGCAUAUAUGAAGUUCCACCGGGAAUGGCUCGAGUAACACCGCAAUAUGUUAGUGAACAAAUGCCUCUUGACCAUGCACCGUUACAAAAUGCACGUGAAGUGGCCACAUUUUUUGCAUUGCCGGCCGGUGAUUUUGUUGUGAUGCCAAAUUCCGUUCAACAUCGAGAAGGUUCUUUUCUACUACGUAUUUUAGCCGAUCAGCACGCUGAUGUUUGGGAAAUUAAUGAAGAUAAUUUGGUCGUGCACAGCAUUACAAGCGAUUUUGGUGAUGAUCGAACUGCAGAAUAUCAACGUUUACUGUACAAACUUCGUGCACGAUACCCAAUGGAAAUCGACGCAACACAACUGCAAAAUAUUGUUCGAAGUAUACAUUGUGGUGGAACAUUGAGAUUGCGAACAAUCGGAGGUCCAUCACUUGAUUUAUGUCGGUCACUAUUGGCAUUAAGAGAUCCUGCAUUGGGCGGACGCGUAUCACUUGAUUACGUCCCAAUUUUAAUUAAUCUACUAAAAUUUUGGAAGUCUGCAUUCCGUCGAUGUGGCACAGUUGGCACACUGUCACUUAGUCGCAGCACAUGGAAUGUUAAAGUAUCAUCAUACAAUUUACGCAGUUUACUAUGGGCUGGAGGUGCAACAGCCAGCAACAAAGUAAUAGAAGCACUCGUUGGACGAUUUACACGCAAUAAAUUUAUUACGCUUGAGGGUUAUCUGAUGUCAAUGACUAGGCUUCAUUUGGCACAUGAGCGUUUUCAUAGUUUGGACGCAAAAGCCAAAGCAAAUCCGCUAACGCUUGAAGAAAUGAUACUGAUGACCAUUUAUUCAUAAGGCAUUCCUGUGCACAACCUUCGUUAUUAUGGAACAUAUCCACAAAUUAGAUGAACCUCUAGAGAGUUGAUGUUUUAGCAUUAUUAUGAAUUAAAGCAUACAAUCCACUUUCAUCAUUCAGCCAAAGAAAUAAAAGUUUAAAUUGUUUUUUUUUCUGCAUAUUUCAGUCAAAAUUGAAUUGAGCAGGGGAUUUUCCAUUUCCAUUUACAAUAGAUUUCCUCUCCUUGAUUACGUUAGUUUUUAUAUCGAUUUCCUAGUUAAAGCAUUUUAAUGCUUACACAUCAAAACAA